GAGUUUACGCGGGGUGUGUCGUAAACUCAAAAAUGAAACAAAAUGAAACAAAUUUACACACUCAAAUAAGUCGAUAAUAUGUAUUAGUAAUUAUACGCAAGUUAUGUUUGCGCGUGUCGCAAGAAAGGUUGGAAAAAAGCGUUGUUCCGUUCAAAUGUAAAAGACACACUAACUGGAUAAUCUCUUUUGUUCUGGGAUUGAACUAUCGAUCGGCUCCCGCGGACGCAACGCGACGCAACGUACGCGCGCAAGUCGUACAACGCUCGUAUAACGCGUAAGGAAAAACAAUGUUUCGUCGAAUGCGACUUUCUCUUUCAAUUUUCGUUGCGAUCAUCUACUGUGCGCGCGGUGACAUUGACACAGCCCGGGCGCAUGAGAAGCGACACGUCGGAGCGAGUAACUACCAAAUGUGCCUCGAGAGUUUUGACAUUCAUAAAGAUAAGAUUAUCAAGACGCAGGACUCCCGUGAUAUGGGUGCUAAGUAUUUGAACGUGACGGACGUUGAUUCCCAAUCGGAUUGUCUGAAGUACUGCUGCGAAACCGAACGGUGUGAUGUGUUCAUUUUCGAGGAGAAGAAACCAGGUAGUUGUUAUCUCUUCGAAUGCGGCCCCCUGUAUGACUUCAAGUGUAAAUUCACAAAACACGUUAACUACACUAGUGCUGUACGUACCAGUUACAUAGCCAGCACGUACCCUGUGCAGAAUGUACAACCUGAAGAAGAGAUCAGGAUAUCUCAGCAGGAGCAUGAGUUGAAGUCACUCAGGAAAAACAACGACAUUACUUCAGAUUACGGAUUUACAGAGGCUUCUAUCAAAUCUAUAAUCACGCAGAUACCAAAAAUGAUGCCGACUACUCCAGCACCGGUCAAACCAGCUUGCAGCAGAAACCAGUACGAAUGUCGUUCAUCCGGAGACUGCAUAGCUAUAUACAACGUAUGCGACGGCAUUCCGCAGUGUGCGGACGGCUCCGACGAGGCGGCCGAUCUCAUAUGUCCCACGGAGAAGCCGAUGGUAGUGCCUCCGAUGAUGCAGGCGCCGCACCCGCCUGCCGAUAUCAUGAGGUAUCAGCAGAUCAUCGAUCAACAUAAGCCGCCACCCCUCGCUCCGUUUUAUCCCGCUGGGCCGGAGGUUAAUCCUAAGCCCUGGGAGAUACCUGGCAAUACGGCCCAUCAAAUGUCGCAGCCGCAGAAUAUCCUGUAUCCGGGCCAGCCGGUGGAGAUACAGAUGCAAAUGCGUAAGAAUUACGGGUCGCCCGGUUACCAGUGGGACUAUCAGCCGUUGUAUGAACAAAACAAGGAGCCGUAUGUUCCUGUAAAUUCGUACCACGAUCAGAAUAUCAAUCGUUACGAACAGCAAUCGCACAUAUUUAAUCAUAAAGGCUCGAGCGUUCUAGGUGGCAAUGAAGCGGAUAGAGGUCUUUACGUGGAUUCCAAGCAUCCGUAUACCUCGCAUUUCCCAUCCUCGAAUAAAGGGGCCUGGCAGGAGAAUCCAAUGCUGUUGUCAUCAUCCGCACCUCCCGCACCAAAUCCUGAACGCAAGCAAAUCGAUAACGCUGUGGAAGACACUGCGAAGGUUACAACAACGCCUGCCUGUGAGACCUCCGAGGAGCAUAAAAACGAAUUGACACAGAACAAAGAAUUCGACAAGAAGGAAGAAAAAGUCGACACACAUUUGACUCAUGCAAAGCAUACGAGCAAACAAGCGACGGAAAAGCCAAAUUUGUCAGCGAGCAAUGAUUAUGUCACCAAACACAGUCACUCGAAAGAUUCAAAAGAUCAAAAGAACGUGAUCGUGAUCGAGGAGCACGCCAGAGCGCGCGAGAGAACCGAUAUUAUUUCGGAACGUGUUCAAAUAAUCGAAAACGACCCGAAAGGAGCAGUGGUGUCGUUGACGUUGGGGCUUAUAGCGACCGUAAUCGCGGUCUUCUUGAUUAGUUGCGGCUUCAGCGUAGUGAGGAGACGACGUGGAAGAUGCGGGCACGGACCUUACGCGCACGAUGCCGAUUAUUUGGUCAACGGGAUGUACUUAUAAGAAUGGAUGAGAGAGGGAGGAAUCUAGUCUUAAAUCUAGUCAUAAUCUAGUCGUUCGAGCGUAAUCUAUAAUAUUUUCACACUAUUGUAUUUCCAUGACUGCUCUGGAAAGAAGAGAUUUCUAACAAAUGUUCACGUUUGAGCAAAAUGACAUUCCUUAAAGUAAAUGUAAUUACGUAAUGGCAUGCUUACUUGCGUAUAAAAUUACAAAUUUUUCCAUGCUUGUGAUUACUGACAAUAGUGUCUUUUAAUAUGAUAAUGAUGUAAUAAUUGAUAAGUAACUUAUAAACUAAGUGUCGAUUCAUCUUUAUAUUUAUCCAAUCCCCGCUCUUCUCGUCGAAAUAGUUGUUAUGACGAAGAUUGAAAUUCUCACAGGAACGUUACGGAAUAUGAUCGAUCACGAAACCAAGCUUAAAUUGUUGCAUGUUUUUUUCUUUUUCAUUUGAAAAUAUUAAAGAUAACAAUGUGUAUAUACAUUACUGAAUACAAGAGAUUGUUUAUA